GCGCCAGCUGGCACGCUCCUAAAAGGGCUUUUGCUUCCCGCCACACGGUUUCAGCACACCACUGAUGAAAUGAUGGCAUACGCGGGCAUAUUGCCCUUGCAGGACCAGGUCCAUGCCAACCGAUUGAGGUUCCUGGCACGGCUCCUACAAGCCUGCCCUCAGAUCACAUGGACACUGAUGCAUGGGGCUUGUGAACAACACUCUUGGAUCACGUUGUGCAUGGCGUCCUGCCACUGGAUGCUCUUCCACUAUGACAGCAGCUUGCCGCUGACUCUUGAGUCUGGAUUCACAGAUUGGGUGCGCUUUGUACGCCUUGACCCCAACUGGAAAGGGCGCAUCCGCAAAGUCACCAAGCUUGCUUUAUCCUACCAUCGUUCCAGAGCCGAGCACGCCAUCUGGCAACGGCACUUUGAUGCCAAGCUGACCGCCGUUGGAGCCACCCUGCCUGAAAGGCAGAUCAAGGCCACGCCAGCAGAGAAGUGGCAAUGCGACCUCUGCCAAAAAGUGCUUGCAUCCACCAGAGCCCUGGCAAUGCAUGCUGCAAGAGAGCACGGAUACAAGAAGAAGGUCCGCUACUACGCAACUGGCACGACAUGUCAAGCUUGUGGGCAAAACUUCCACAACCGUCGAAGGCUUUCAAUCCACUAUGAAAAACAAGCCAAGUGCUACGAAGUUGUGAUGGCCUGUUGGCCGCCCAUGCCUGCGGACCAAGUCCAUUCCCUGGACGAAGAAGACAAACAAGCAGAGUCCCAGCUUCGGAAACAAGGAUGGUGGGCAUCCAAAGCCUUCCACCCUGUCAUCCAAACAUUCGGGCCGCUCCUCCCUCCUGCUGGCAGUGAGGCCGCCGCACUUAUGUUUGAACGGAUGUCAACCAGACAGGUCACCCAAAUGCCUCCCAACCCCACCAAGGUAUGGUGGCAUCAUGACGACCUCCCUGCCUUUGUGAUGCACUCCGUCCAGGGGCCGGACGCAGCAGGAGGCGCCUUUGCAAUGCACGGCUUGGCCAAGGAGACAGCAAUGCUCCAUGUGAAAGCCCUGGUGGUGGUACACUUCUUUAGCGGCUAUCGUCGUAUGGGCGACAUUCACCAUGUAGUGGAGCACAAGACCGUUAAGUCCCACACGCAAGUGUUUACUCUUUCGGUCGACCUAUGCAUGCAGCGCCAAAGCGGAGACCUUGCCACUCCUCAGGCGGCCAAAUGGUGGAGGGAGCGAAUCCUGAGUGGACAGGUUACGUGCUCCUCAAGCGUGGCAAUUUUGGCCGAUGCAACCACCCUCAUGGCGAACACACCGCUCUUAUCGGGCGUGAAGUCGAUGGCACCUUCCACACUGCAAAAGCGAAAGUGUAUAUACCCGUAUGGCUUGAACAAAGUGCUGGGCGACGCGCUGUUCAAUGCAGCCAUGCAAUGGGCCGCGAUGGAAGUGGAGGAAGAGCUGCCCCCGGUCUUCAUGCCGUACAUGGAACAAAG